GAAGUGGGGUCCCGGGCCGGCCUCACCUUGCUGCUCUCAGCUCCAGAAAAAGUGUACACAAAAGCGCGUUGGGCUCAGGCAGCCAUGGGAGUGGAAGGUUGUACCAGAUGCAUCAAGUACUUGCUCUUCUUCUUCAACUUCAUCUUUUGGCUGGCGGGAGGCGUCAUCCUGGGUGUGGCCCUUUGGCUCCGACAUGACAACCAGACCAGCAAACUCCUCAUCCUCCAGCUGGGAGACCAACAGGCGCCCAACACCUUCUACAUCAGUGUCUACAUCCUAAUUGCCGUGGGCGCUGUCAUGAUGUUCGUUGGCUUCCUCGGUUGCUAUGGCGCCAUUCAGGAGUCACAGUGCCUACUGGGAACGUUCUUUGCCUGUUUGGUGAUCCUCUUUGCCUGUGAGGUGGCUGCUGGCAUCUGGGGAUUCAUGAAUCGAGACACGAUCUCGAAAGAGCUCAUCACGUUCUACGACACCGCCUACGACCAGGCCAUUCUGUCCAAAGGAGACAAGUCGGACGCCAAGGCGGUGCUGCUCGCCGUCCACGAGACGCUGAACUGCUGCGGAAAAGGCGAGUUCUCCAAGACCUUCCUAGAUCGUCUGAAGGAUCUCUGCCCCAAGAUGUCUAGGACUCCGGCCAACAUCACUGUGGAAAAGAUGCUGGAGAAUACAGUGAACUGCCACAACAAACUGAGGGAGCUCUUCUCCGACAAGCUGUACCUGAUCGGCAUUGCCGCCCUGGUGGUGGCCGUCAUCAUGGUCUUCGAGAUGAUCUUCAGCAUGGUCCUGUGCUGCGGAAUCCGCAACAGCCCGGUGUACUGAGCCCCGCCCCUUGGGGAGGAGCCUAGAGGUCUCUGCCUCUUGAAACGCCGAGCAAUAGCACAUCACCGUUUAGUUUUAUUUUUCUCGUUAUUUUAAAACUAUUUCAUGAUGUACUCUAUGGCUCUGUAGACGGAUGUCCCAGAGUUCCUUGUGGCGGAAAGGUUUUGUUUUUGAAGUUAGACCAACGGUGUCGGGCAUUCAGUUCAUGUACCUGUAAAACUGCCAGUCAGGUUUGCUGACAAAACCAAAGGACAUGUCUUGCUCUCUCUCUCUCUCUCUCUCUCUCGCACGCACGCACACAAUGCUUACUGUACAUGCUAAACCUUUUAUCUUUUUUUUUAAUUCCGCACAUUGCUGGGUGUGUGUUGCCCUUUAGGGCCCGAAAUCCACAUAGCUUGUGUUUUUGAUUUAUUGAUCUUUUGAAGUGUCGAUGUAUAAACUGUAUAUACUUGCAGUAUUUUACCAGCAGUGGGUGCGGCUACUUUUCCUUUCAGCUCUUCUCUGCCUGCUGUUGGUGUUCUAGAGUUUUGAAGUGGUUCGUUAGAUGGGGGAGAUUUGGGUUGGGCCGGUUUACGGGUACCACGAGAUUGGGGGCGUAGGGCCAUCACGGGCAUCCCCAUCUGAGAGCCGUGACUUCCUUUGGUUUCCUAGCAACCUACCUCUCGGGAGUCCUAAGGUAUGACAUCACUGGCUCUGCCUUGCAUGUCAUCCCUCAGCCAUGCCCACCCAGGAAGCCCCUCCCACAUCUGCUCAUUAACCAUGAACCUGUUUGAAUUAAUUACAGCACAUGGCGUUUGGAUGAACCUGAUGUGUGGGAACUCAGACUGCUUAUGUCCCACAUUCCAAUGAACCAUAGCUGUGAUAUUUCUGGGUUUAGUGGUUGUUGGGCUAAAUAAAUGGAACAAAGUGUUUUCUCAGUGCUUGUUGAGCGCUGAAGUUUUGAACUGACUUUCUCCUUUCCGCUACCUGUUUAUUGAGUCUGUAGAGCACCAGCCAUGACUGACAUCGGUUCCUCCAAGACAUUUCUUGGGAUUUCAGUGUAACGGAAAAUGUCAAAGUGCUAAAUCCUCUUGCUUCAGUGAUUGUUUUUGACUGCUUCAAACUUUAAUGCCAUCCAACAUCAAAAAGGUCCGAGAUUUUUACCUUUCCAUUGGGCUUGAAAUUUAACGAGGGAAUUUCCUGGAUGACCUGGAAUGGAUAGGUCAGGUGGAUUUUGGGAAGUUAACUUAUUUUUAGAUAUGUAUUUAGCUGACACGUUCCUCCAAAGCAUCUUGGCAUUAAGCUACUUAUACAGACAACAGCUCUAAUCGCUAUGCCACCUGCUGCUGUCUUGUUUCCCAGUACUGCCAUUAACCAACUAAUGGA